UUGCUGAAGAAUUUAGGGAACGUAGAGGUGUAUGGUGGCGACCUGGUGGUGUACAGUCGGACGGAAGCAGAACAUUUAGAACACAUGGAAGCUGUUUUAAGACGCAUUGGCGAGUUUGGACUUCUCAUGACUAAGACAAAAUCUAAGGUAUCCACGAAGAGUGUGACGUUGCUAGGACAUAAAGUUGGAAAGGGUGAAAUGAAACCACUGCCUGAGAAAAUUCUGACAGUUAAAACCAUGUCAGUGCCGAAUUCCAAGAGGAAACUGCGACAGUUCUUGGGUAGAGCAGAAUUCUUCAGUCGGUUCCUCAGAAAGUCCAAUGAGAUAGCAGCACCUUUAUGUAAGUUACUUGGCAACCCAAACUUUAUGUGGACGGAGGAGGCAUGGAAAACGUUUGUUCACAUCACGGAACUCCUGAAUCACCAGGAAAAGACUUUAAAACUACCAAUAACCGGAGAGCCAUUCAUCGUGCCCACUGAUGCUAGUGAUUAUGGAAUAGGCGCAGUUCUUCGACAGACUGAAGGAGUAGUGGAUUAUGCGAAGCGUGUCCUGACAUCUGCAGAACAGAAAUAUUCCACAGUUGAAAAGGAAUGUCUCGCGAUAUUUUGGGGGUUGGAUAAAUGGAGAUGUACCUCCUUGGUCAACGAUUCCAUAUUGAAACUGAGCACAAAUCCCUACAGUGGCUUAAGACAAGGAGAGACCUCAGAGGAAAAUUAUCACGUUGGAUGUUACGACUGCAAGAGUACGAUUUCACAAUCGGUCACGUGGAAGGGAAAGAAAACUGGUUGGCAGACUUCCUAUCAAGAUCAGACGAAGAAAAUGAACUACCUGAGACCGCAUACGGUGUACGUGCAGUGGAACGGGACCCAUUAAGACUUAUUCACCUUCAGAAGUCGGAUCCAAUUCUGAAUGCUGUGAUAAAAGCCAUAACUGAAGGAAAGAAGGCGAACCAGUCUUCCAUGGUGUCACCACGUGAGUAAUGCAAAAGUCAGGAGUAGAGUUUUAAGGAGAAGAGGUAAGUCGGUUUAUGAGGUUAUGAACCUUCAUCGACUGAGAUGGUCGAGACACGUAUUACGUAUGUCUAGUCACCGAUUGCCUCGUCACACAAUGUUGGCUGAGAUGGCCAGACUAAAACAUGGCACCAAUG